AUGCGAUUCUCCCUCAUUGUCCUUGCUACGCUACUAGUCGGCUUCACCGCGGCGGCGCCUGUCCUCCAAAGUGACAUGUGAGCGCUUCCUUGGUAACUUCCUUCAUCGACAAGCAAAAAUGCUCAACUGGAUUCCUAUGGCCAUUCUACAGCUUCAAAGGCACUCAGAAAGCCGAAAGAGGACACAAGCUUGUCCCUCAUGUCACGGUGCGGUACGUCUCGAGGCCCCCUGCCCCUUGCCACCCCCUCGCUCCCGGACGUUCGGCGCCAGGUAUGAUAAUAUAGGUCGAGUCCAUCUGUUCACAGUGAAUGCAAGCAUAAAUGCGAGCUCGAAUACGGAAAAUAUCACAUGUAAGCCACCUGGCGCUCCUGAGAUAUCUGCUUUGCGAUAAGCAUUCGCCUGCGUGAUCUGACUCGUCGCUUUCCUACUUCGCCUUGCAGUGGACCCUAUGAGCUCAUCGCCUGCGAGAAAAACUGCCACUAG